GCUCAGCUUCAGCUGUUUGCUCCUGAUCUCAGCCUGUUUUCAGCUGUACGCAUUCAGAGCAAGGCUGUGGAAGGAAAAAUAUUUUCCUGUUCUGGAUUUCUUCAAAAUCAUCCACAGAAUCUGUCUGGUACUGGAUAAUACUGGAACGCACCAACUGGACUUCCUUAAAACCCAAGAUUGAUCAGUUUUAUUGGAUGUGAAGGUCGUUCUGGACCAUCUUAAGAAUCUGUCCUGACCAGACCCUUAAUCUGAGCUCAUUGGGCUCCGGUUCAGGAUGACUUCCUGUCACUUGUACCUCUUGUUCCUCUUAUCUUCGGUGUCCAUCAUGGCUGCUGCUGAGCCUGCUGGCUGCAAAAUACGUAUCACUGACAAAGGACUGGAGAUGUUGAAGUUUGAGACUCAGAAGUUUGUUGAAGAGGAGCUCAGUAGCAUCAAUAUGCCAGAGAUGAAGGGCAAAGAAGGACGUUUUCAGUACACCAUCAAUGAUGUGAAGAUAACCGAACUGAAUCUGGCCCACGCCAACCUGCAGUUUAUCCCUGACGUGGGUUUGUUGUUCGAUGUUCAGAACUCAUCGAUCUCGCUAACUUUCCACCGACGGAUCCUCUACUGGUUCUUUUACGACACAGGAAACAUAAACGCAUCAGCUGAAGGAGUGAACAUCAGAACAGCCGUGAACCUGAUCAGAGACACUGACGGACGACUAAAGAUCAAUAACAUCACCUGUGAUGCCAAAAUCAACAAAAUGAUGGCACAGUUCAGCGGAACACUUGGGAGAGUGUACGACUUCCUAGCCAGGUUUCUGACGACAGGAAUGCGCUUUUUCCUCAACCAGCAGAUCUGCCCCGCUCUGAAUCAUGCUGCUAUGGUUCACGUAAACUCGAUGUUGGAGACAAUACCUGUGAGGACAGAGGUGGAUUAUUAUAUUGGGAUUGAUUAUUCCUUGAUCGAUGACCCUCUGGUGUCAUCCCGGAGCCUUGACAUGCAUUUCAGGGGGAUGUUCUUCGAUCUGUCUCAUCAGAAUCAUACACUGGUGAACUAUGCUGUGGACCCGAUCAUCAGGGAAUAUGACCGCAUGGUUUAUCUGGCUCUGUCCGAGUUCUUCUUUGACAGUGGGAUGUUCGCUUAUUACACUGCUGGAAUCUUCGAAAUGGACAUAGUCAAUGAGAAGAUGCCCAAAGACCUGGAAGUGUUGUUAAGAACUACCUACUUUGGAGCCAUUAUGAUGAUGAACCCAGCUUUGGUGGACGCCCCAGUGUCUCUGCAGCUCGCUGUUAACUCACCACCAAAAACCUCCAUCAAGACAUCUGGAGCAACGGUUGUCAUGACAGCCACGGUCAAGGUGAUGCUACUGCCUCCAGGUCAGGUUCCGGUCCAGCUCAGCAGCAUGACCAUGGAAGCAAAGUUUAACGCCAAAGUUUCUAUUAGAGGAAAACGUUUGGCUGUCCAUGCUGAUCUCCGCAGGUUUAAGAUUUUCUCCAACCAGUCUGCUCUGGAGUCUCUGGCACUGAUUCCUCUGCAGGCUCCUCUCAAGACCAUGCUGCAGAUGUCUGUGGUUCCUCUGAUAAACAAUUGGACCAAAAGGGGAGUUCGGAUCCCUCUCGCUGAUGGGAUUGAUUUUGUUGAGGAGGUUGUAGAAUAUCACAACGGUUUCAUUGUGAUCGGAGCAAAUCUUCAUUUCAGCAAAGGACUGAGAGAAAUGAUGGCUGGAAGCAUUGAGAAUGACCCGUACAACAGUACCAGUACUAACUCCAGUUCCAGCACUUUCUAAAUGUACAGGGGGCAGAUAUUAAUACAACAUGUAAAUAUUUAUACAACACAGUUAUAACAUUUAAAAAAGACCAACAACACACAGUGUUACAACUGAUUGUUCUGUUGUCACAGUGUUAAUAAAGUUCAGAUUAUUUACAGCAACAUAUCUAAUAUUAAAGCAGCAACAUAUAAUAAAAUCAAAGGUCAAUGAUAGAAAAAUAUAUCGUUAAAAUCUGUGUUUCUGAUGUUAUCUGUAA